GAAAGUGCUUCGGGGCGGAAGCUUGUUUACAGAAGGCUGCAUAAUCCAGAUAAUAACUGUAUUCUGGUAGAUGUUGCAUUAAGAUGGAAGAUAACAUUACUGAAAUGUCCCAAGAAGGCCAGAAAGCAUCUUCACUGGACUCAUCAUCGUCACUUGCUGAUCACUUUCCUUGUUCAGCAUCAAACGUUUUGGAGCUCGCUUCAAUUGCAGAGGAAAUCGGAGACUCUGAUGGUGUUGUCGCACCUGAAACUAAACGUACGAAGCAGGAUGGAAACGCUGAGACCUCUAUUGCGUUGGAGAAAUCAUCUUGUUUACCUGAGAAAACAAUCGCUGUGGGUUCCACACAAGAUGAGGCCGUGAAGUGCCAAAAGGAGACCAACAUCUGUCAAAGAACCACAGAAGGUACAACUGACGGAUCCAUUGCUGGUCCUCCAAGCCAGUGCGGGGAGAAGGAUAUUGCCGGAUCACUUUACAAAACAGAAGCUGCACUUGCCGAUAAGAAGGACUCGUCUUCCCAAAUGGAGACAGCCAACUUCAUGGAAGGCAGCCAAUCAGAGAGGAAACGGAGGAGGAAAUCUGGAAAGAAGGGAGGAAAUGAUGAACCUUCUGUUGUGUUAGCGAAAUCACCUUGUUUGCCUGAGAAAACAUCCUCUGCGGAUUCAACCAAAGACGAGGCUGUAAAUCACCAAAAGGGGGUCAAUAAUCCUGGACAAACCUCGGAAGGUGUGAUGAAUGUUCAGGCUCAUGCAGUGGAGCAGAACAUGCCUGACAUGCAGAAAACAUGCAGAGUACCGGGUGCUGAACCCACAAGCCAAGGUGGGGAGAAGAGUGUUGGUGGAUUGGAUGACCAAACAAAAGCUGCAUUUGCUGAUAAGGAGUACUCAUCUUCUAAAAAGGAGAUGGCCAACAACACUAACAUUGUGGAAAGCAAGCAAUCAAAAAGGAAUCGCAAGAGGAAGAAUAGGAAGAAUAGAAAGAAAAAUGGAAACGAUGAACCUUCUGAGGUGUGGCCAAAAUCACCCCGUUCACCUGAGAAAACAUCGUCCGUAGAUUCCUCCAAAGCUGAGGCUGCAAAUAACCAAAACGAAGUCAGUAAUUCUGAGCAAACCACAGAAGGUGUUUUGAAUGUUCAAGCUCAUCCAGUGGAGCAGAACAUACCUGACAUGCAGAAAACAUGCAGAGUACCUGGUGCUGAACCCACAAGCCAAGGUGGGGAGAAGAGUGUUGGUGGACUGGAUAACCAAACAAAAGCUGCACUUGCUGAUAAGGAGUACUCGUCUUCCCAAACAGAGACGGCCAACAGCAGUAACAUCGUGAAAGACAAGCGAUCAAAGAGGAAACACAACAGGAAGAAGGGAAAGAAAAAUGGAAAUGAUAAACCUUCCGAGGUGUUGCCAAAAUUGCCUCGUUUGCCGGAGAAAACAUCCUCUGUGGAUUCUGCCAAAAAUGAGGCUGUAAUUAACCAAAAUGAAGCCGAUAAUCCUCGACAAACCACUGAAGUGGAGCAGAACAUCCCUGACACCCAGAAAAUAUGCAAAGUAUCCAGUGCUGAACCCACAAGCCAGGGUGGGGAGAAGGUUGUUGAUGGAUUGGAGGGCAAAGCACAACCUGCUCUUGCUGAUGACGGCAAGUGUUCAUCUUCCCAAAAGGAGACAGCCGCCAGCACUGAUUCUGUCACAGGAAAAAGGAAAAGGAAUCAACGCGGACAGAGAAAGGAGAAAGAUAACUCGGUUCAUCAGUCUAAAGGUACUACCAAGAAGAUGGAAUUGCAGGCUGAGGAUUCAAUAGAGCCCCAUGCCUCCAUUCAACCUGACCAUUCUGCUGCAGAUAAUAGCAAAACAGAAGAAGUUGCUGCUGAACCAGGCCACACCACAGAGGAAACACAGGCAGCACCCGGUCACAAGCAAAAUGGAGCUGAGCUGCAAGAUAACUCCAAGGAAGCGACUUCUUCUGCAGAUAGUUGCACAGAAGGUGGCAAAGGCACCAAAAGUACAUCAGAGGGUGAAAGAAAAUCAAAUGAGAAAAAUGCGAACGUUCCAGAAUCAAGUUCAACAAGCCAAGACAUGCCACAGUCGAACAAACGGGACCAAUCAACAGCUCGGCCUACUCCAGUUGCACCAUAUACAUUCACUAUUUAUAGCUAUAUUAUAAUUCCAAACAAAGUUCAUUUUAACCCAGGAAAUGACAAAGUUCUUAUAGUGUUCAAAGAUGGAUUUGGAAGACUUGAAGUUUUAUCUAGCCGGAACCUAAACAAAAAUGGGUAUUUUCUGCAGUGCUAUUUAUUUGUGGAACCUUAUUGGAAGACAAUACCUUUUGAAUAUUGGUAUGUUAUAACUAAAGGGAAUAGAAACUUUGAAGAAAUUGCUAUGCGGAUUUUAAGGAUACCACCUGAUCUAUGUGAAGAUGAAUGGCACCAGUACGAUGGCAUCCUGAACCUUGAACAGACAUCGAUCUUUCAAACAUUUAGACAGGCCUUAUCAUUAGGACAAUCUCCUGAAGAAAGAAUUUUGUCGUCAAUAAAGAAUGGACAGCGAAUAAUGUUGCAAGAAAUUUUUGAGCUUCUGAGCUCCCUGGAUAGGGAAAAGCUCGAAAAAUUUAAGUUACAAAUCCACCAUUUUAAAUUGUGCUGCAGAGAUCUUACAUUUCUACCAGGUCUCUGGAUACGUUUUAAUGAAUUACAGGUCAAUGAAUUGUUAGAUGAGGCAUUAAAGAAACUUCUGCACCCUUACACACAGAAAGAUCCUAAAAAGAGAAAACAGUUGAAUGGAAUAGUGAAAAACCCAUUUGUGGCUGGAUUGUUGUCCUUUGUCAUAUGCAAUCAUUGCUCUAUAACUUGCAGUGCAAAUGACUUAAUUACUAUCUGCCAAAUGUUACAGCUGCCUCAGAAAAUUACUGAUCCAGUUGACCAAGACAUGAAGGAAACUGCAGCCAUUUUCCCUCACCUUCAACAUAUGUGUGUGGGACUGAUGAAUAUGUGUAUCCAGCGCGAUGUUGUGGAGUUUGUGCUGGCUCUACCUUUCCUUCACUGGUGUGUGGAGCAGAAUUCAGUGAACAGUGAAGCAAGAUCCAGCAGAGCAGAGCCGCUAUAUGGUGUUUCCUACAAAAGUUUUCGACUCCAGAUUAAAAAGGUCCCUGACAAAAGAAGAAAACUGCUGGAACUCAUGUUUCAAAACAAGUAUCUGGGAGAGACAUACUCAAGGCUGAUCCAGAGUUGGGUUUUACUAAUUGCAAAUGGAGAUAUUCCAGAUUAUGCAAAAGAAAUGAAAUUGACUCUGAACUGUGUAGCAGAAGAACUAUUGAACAGAUUAAAAGAAUGUGAACUGGGAAAUGCAGAUCAAGAUGACAUUCAGGCAUUUGGGAAAAGCAUCAGCUAUAUCAAGGAAAUGACAAUCCAGGAAACACAAAGAAGCGUCUCUAAUUUGAAGGAAAAUGACUUGAACUGGAGUAAUAAGAUGCAUUCCAUAAUCUGCCGUCUGACGAAGGACAUAGCUUUGUAUGAAGUUCCAGCUGUUUCAUUUCAACUUGUAUUAAAAGUUGCUGAGAAAACAAAAAUGCUGUUAGCAGAAGAAUCACAGAAUGAGUCACCUCCUGAAGAAAGCAAAGUGCAUAUUGACUUAAAGUCAAUAAUUGAGAACGCUCAAACUUGCCUCCGUUCUUGGCGAACAGAAGCUGUGAAUAAAAUGCUGCUUUCCACAACAAAAAACAUGGACAAGAAAGAAAUGGAGAUGUGGAAAUGCCAUUUCACUAUGGAAUAUGGAGAUGAAGACUGGGCAAAGACGUGGAUGGAAAUGACACGAAUAGACCUGAUGAAAAGGAUACAGGAGGAGAGCCCUUUUGACCAGGUAUGGAUUUACUGGAAUUCGAAAGAAACUUUGACCACUUUGAACGCCAUUAUUUUGAACUGUUUUGAAACAUGUGCGCUUAAUGCGGUGGAUGCAGUUUGCCAGGACAAAAAGGAAUUUCAACUGCUCACAACGUUAAAGGCGUGGGAAUACCAAAAAUCUCCUGAGAUUUUAUCAAAAAUCAUUAAAGAGUCAUGGAAGAGAAACCUAGACCACAAAACUGAUGAUAUUAGCACUGUGCUAAAUCCUGACGGUGCCAUACACUAUUGUCUUCUGCAAGGUGACUGCAGUAAACUCAAUGUCUCAGAAGAAGUAAAGAGUUUCUUAAAAGAUGCUGAGGAGAGAUUUCGUACUUUGGCUGAAUGUAUGUAUAAUGGCUCUGUGAAGUUUGCUGAUCUGCAGAAGCUUUUACAUAAACGAAAAGAAUUCAUUAAUCUAUUUGAAGCACAACAGAAAAAUCCGGUGCAUCGGGGUAAGAAUUUCUUUCAGGUUCCUGUUGAACCUCUGUUGUCAGCUAGAGAAGAAGAACUUAAAGCCUUUCAGAAUGAGAAAAAGGCCAUUGGAACUCUGAUAAAUAUGAUUAACAAAAUUUGUGGAAUCAUUACUGUCACUGACCUACCAUCGCUGGAAGAAAGUCAUGAGACCAAUGUCCACUGCUGGCCACUGAAUGAACUGGUCAGCAUCAAUAGUUGGACAAAUGCACAAUCCAAGGAUCGGUCUCCUCCUGACGUUAGAUACUUCAACCUGAGCAGAGGCAUCAAAGCAAUGGCAUUUCAAAUGCAGGAGACAGCAGACAGCAUCGUUCUUUUAAACUGUUGGAAUGAAGCUGCAAGGACAUCCAACUAUGAUGAAGAAACCUUGGAAGACCUCUGCUGCAGUGUCUGGGACCUUUGCUGGACUAAGUACGAAGACCUGUGUGAGAACAUUGAAGAUGGUACCGUAACAUUCCAAAACGUGGACUGGAUGUUUUAUGAUUUGAGAGAUCAUCCUGAAGAGAUAGUAAAAGAAUUAACCAUAAUGUUCAAAGCAGUGAAAGGAAAAGACUUGCCUGAGGAGAGGCUUCGUCAGAUCAAACAGUAUUACAACCUUCAUUUAGCUGCUGAUUCUGCCCGUGUGAUUCAGGAGUUGGUGAAGGAGUUAGAGCUGUCAGGUGACUUUAGAAAAAUUCAGAAUUUGGCAAAAUUAAAUGAAACAUCCUUCAAGAAGAAACCAUUAAGUUAUGUUGACAGUGACCUAAUUAAGACUAAAGAAUGUCUAGUGAAAAUUAAUGCAAAAUGCACAGAGUGCUUAGAUGAAUUUAUUCUCAGGCAGCCUUUUAUAAAGUGGGUAAAAGAAGCUUUGACAGAUUUAAGGGAAGUUAAAGUGUUUGUGGACUUAGCGUCCAUAUCAGCUGGGGAAAAUGACAUGGAGGUUGAUCGUGUUGCCUGCUUCCACGAUGCCAUCAUGGGCUAUUCACCUUUCAUUUAUGGAUUGCAACAGAAAACAAGCUUUUCUGAGUUAAUGACUUCAGUGGACAAAAUCCAGAAAGCUCUAAAAAGUGAUCCACGGCUUCCAGAGAAACUGAGAGAUUCAGCUCGUUAUUUGGAAUGGCUGAAGACCCUGAAGGAAUGUCAUGGAUCAGUUGAAACAUCUUCCCUAUCUCUUGCAGCUGCCAUCAACAACAAAGGAGUUUACGCAGUGGGCAAUAUUGCCCCACAGCACAAGGGAAAGCUUUCACUUGGAGAUGUGCUACGCCUUCAUCUUUAUGACGAGAGCACAAAAGAGCGGAAGAUAUAUGCACUGGAAGAACUUGUAGAGUUGCAAAACAAAUUAAUGCUGAUGUCAGGGAAAAGGCCACGUGGCAAAGAGGAAGUGGCCAGGUUCAUGGAGAAUUUUAACAACGUACAAAGGCUUGGAAAAGCAUUUAUUGAAUUGUACUCAUCUGGAAACAUGCUCUACAGAAAAUGGACAGCAGAAGUGUACUGUAGUAAAGAGAUCAAUGUCUGUUUGACAAUGAAUUUCAAUGCCAAAGAUGUUGAAUGCCUGAGAAUAAGAGGAGAUGUCUCUGAACAGCUCCAAGUAUUGUGCAGAGAACUGGAGGCAUGUCUUCAGGAUUGGUGUGAGUAUAUGGAGAAGAAGCGUGCAACAUUUUACCACCUGAAUUACUAUACAGCGGAACAGAUAGUGUAUCUGUGCUCGGAACUGGGGCGCUUUGCCGCUGGGGAGCCGUUAUCUGAGCAGGUGAUUGCUAUGUUGUCCUUCAUUAAACCUCACUGCACUGCCAGGGAGAUCAGAAGCAUGGUGCCUCAAGCAGAUCUAUCGAGUGAGAAUUCCAAAGAUGAGGAGGAAAUUGACACCCGGCAGGAAGUUGAUGAGUGUGAGGAGGUUGUUGUGAGCUUCGAAGACACCACUCUGGCUAAUGCAAGCCCACAAGAGCAGAGUCCACCAGGAGCUUGUAUUCAGGCAUUCAUUCAGAGAGAUCGUGAGGGUCAUGAGAACAGUUUUUAUUGGCAUGAGGAGCCUGCUGAAUUCCAACACCCAGAGACUGGCCAUUUGGAUGAUAUUGAAGCUACUGAGCUGGUAUCUGAGGAAGGGCAUGAUGCUGGUAUAUCGAAGACGACUUACCAGCCAGAGGAUGCAAGCCUGCCUACAGCAAUUGCUGUCCUUUGGAACAAGUUUAUGGAAAACAUGACUGCUUUCUUAAUUGACCAUUUAGAUAUAGUUAGUUUUGGAGAACUGCUUAGCCGACUCUCCACUCUGAAUGUGAAGGCUGUACGAAGGCACCCUCCCCCUUCUAUGCAUCAGGGAAGGCCUAAUCUGAUAGUCUGCCCUCAGCCCGAGGUCCUUACAGCUGCGUUGUGCAUCUACAUGCCAAAUGAAGAGCAGCCACUGCCAACCUAUGACGAAGUACUUCUGUGCUCUGAGGAAACAACCUGCGAGGAAGUGGAACUGUUUCUGCGGAGGGCUUUGAGCAGGGGAUCUCGGGAACGGAAAAUCUACACCUUAAUACAUGCCGAUUGUCUGAAUUAUGAAACAAGUGUCAGGUUUGGAGAGCUCUUUGAGGAAUUGAUGCAUCACUGUAAUCCCGAAUAUCAGCUUGCGGUAAUCAUCGAUGCUAAACGCCAGCACUGUUACAUCCCGUCCUAUCUCCGCCAAUACAAAGUUCCUACAGGGCUGAAUAUUAAAACAGAAGCCAUUCAAAAAUACUUGCUAAACCAUUUCACUGUCUGUCCAUGGGAGACCUCUGCAGCUCAUGUAUUCCAUGAUCAUCUUUCUGUCAGAGUUAUUUCGUCAAAAAGGCCUGGAGUGGGAAAAUCUCUUUAUGUUGACCGACUGCAUGAAAAGCUGUCGCUGGAUGAUGCUCUGAAGAGAAUCCGGUUAAUUGAGCCUGUGAUUAAUGAGAACCAGAUCGUUCAGAAGCUACAGGAUUCAACGCGCGCAUGUGAUCUUCGGCAGCCAUUAAUAUUCCACAUUGAUGUAUCACCAGUAAGGAAAGGACUGGAAGAAUUCCUUUUCAAGAUUCUGGUGUUGGGUCUGCUGAAGAACAGUCAGGGAAGGAUAUGGAAGCGCAGCACCAGUCAUCUGUACAUUGUGGAACAUCUGAAUGCCAAUGGAUUCCAUAAUAAAACGCAAACUCAACAGGUAAACAUGGGACUUCUAAGCGUACUCCCAACCAUUCACUGCAGAUCACCAAAUGAAGUACGUCAGCUUGAACUGAAAAAGCGCAGAGGGGAAUUACUAAAUAUUUUGGACCCACUAAUGGAUGAACAGGAGUUUACCAGUGAAGCUAUUCAGAGACCCUUUCAAUAUCUCCACCGGUUCAGUACGAAUAGAAACAUUGAUGGCUUCACCUAUAGAAUAGGGAGAAUCGAAGGACAGCCGGCUGAAUGUCUAACCUUAUUUCUCCAAUACUGCGGGAUACGAGAUCCCUCUUGGGCAGAGUUGAGAAACUUCUCUUGGUUUCUGAAUAUUCAGUUAAAAAACUGUGAACAGUCCAUGUUUUGUAAUCCUACCUUUGUUGGAGACACUCUGGUAGGAUUUAAGAAAUUCAUUAUUGAGUUCAUGAUUCUUAUGGCACGGGAUUUUGCAACACCUUCUUUGAACAUUUCAGAUGAGAGCCUUGCAUUUUCAACCUCUCAAACUGAAGAAGAUCUACUACCAUAUAUAAUCCGGAGAAGAUGGGAAAGCCACCCUCAUCCGUACAUAUUUUUCAAUGCCGACCACUUCUCCAUGACUUUCCUUGGCUUUCACCUGAAAAAAAACGAUCGUUCUGGCUAUGAUGCUGUGGAUCAUCGCACUGGUCAGGUUCUGAGAGGAAACGUUAUGUCUUCACAGCUUGAAGAAGGGCUCAAAUUGCAGAGGAUUAAAUUUAACGUAGAUUUUGACAGUCUUCCCAGAAACGAGAAAAUCCGCAAACUCUGCCUGGUACUUGGUGUCUCAGAGCCAAGAGAUCCAGAUGAGACCUAUGAACUAACAGAAGACAACAUGAUGAAGAUGCUUGCCAUCCACAUGCGUUUUAGGUGUGAAAUCCCUGUCAUUAUCAUGGGGGAGACGGGCUGUGGGAAAACGAGACUGAUUAAGUUUCUUUGUGACCUACAGAAAGGCCGUUGCAAAACUGAUAACAUGAAGCUAGUCAAGGUACACGGAGGCACAACGGCAGAGACAAUCUACGUGAAAAUUGCAGAAGCAGAGGAACUUGCCAUUUGGAAUAAGCAGGAAUAUAAUUUGGAGACGGUGUUGUUCUUCGAUGAAGCCAAUACCACAGAGGCUAUUCAUGCCAUCAAAGAAGUCCUCUGCGAUAAAACCAUUCAGGGCAAACCAAUGGAGCACAAUUCAGGUCUAAAAAUAAUUGCAGCCUGCAAUCCCUACAGAAAGCAUACUGCUGACAUGAUCAAGCGCCUGGAAAUGGCUGGGUUGGGAUAUCGAGUCAAAGCAGAGGAGACAGAAGACAGACUGGGAAAAGUACCUUUGAGACAGCUGGUAUACAGAGUUCAGCCUCUACCACCAAGCAUGAUCCCAUUGGUUUGGGACUUUGGCCAGCUGAGCGAAAAAACUGAGUUGGCUUACAUAAAGCAGAUAGUGGAAAGAUAUAUACCAAUCCAUAAACUUCCAUUUCUUCAUAAGGAAGGCAUAAUAAAGGUCCUUGCCCACUCACAACGUUACAUGCGACUAAAGAAAGACGAAUGCAGCUUUGUCAGUUUGCGUGACGUGGAGCGAUGCAUGAAGGUUUUGGUGUGGUUUUAUGAGCACCGAGUAUUGCUAUUUUCCUAUCCAAAUCCAAAUACCAACAUCUUACAGGCCCUGAUAAUGGCAGUGAGUGUCUGUUACUAUCCCUCCUUAGUGGACAAGAAAGCAUAUUUAAAGGUCCUAGAAAAUAAUUUCCCUGAACCUUAUAAUACAUCAGAGGCAAUAGAAACUGUAAUUGUCAAUUGUCAAAACUCUUUUCUGCAAGACAUAAAAACAAGAGAAAGAAUUGCUAAAAAUGAGGCCUUAAAAGAGAACGUUUUCUUAAUGGUUAUUUGCAUUGAACUGAGAAUCCCACUUUUCCUUGUUGGGAAACCUGGUAGUUCAAAGUCCCUGGCAAAGACUGUUGUACUGGAUGCAAUGCAAGGUCAGUCUGCUCACUGUGACCUGUUUAAAAAGCUGAAGCAAGUCCACAUGGUGUCAUUUCAGUGCAGCCCUCACUCAACCCCUGAGGGCAUCAUCAACACUUUCAAACAAUGUGCACGCUUUCAGCAGGGCCGAAACCUGAAUGAAUAUGCUUCUGUAGUGGUCCUAGAUGAAAUUGGCUUGGCCGAAGACUCUCCACAGAUGCCAUUAAAGACUCUUCACCCACUGUUGGAAGAUGGUUGUGUCGACGACGACAAUCCACUCCCUCACAAAAAAGUAGGCUUCAUUGGAAUCUCCAACUGGGCCUUGGAUCCUGCCAAGAUGAACCGUGGAAUUUUUGUGUCCCGAUUGGAUCCAUGUAAGGAAGAGCUGAUUGAAACAGCCAAGGGAAUAUGUUCAACUGACCAUGUUUUGCUACAGAAAGUGAAACAUCUCUUCCCUAGAUUUGCCAAAGCGUAUUUAGAAAUAUGUCAGUGUCAACGUGGGCAGUAUUUUGGACUUCGUGACUAUUAUAGCCUGAUAAAAAUGGUGUUCAUCGCAGCUCAGAAAACAAAGCGUGAACCAACAGAGGAACAACUGGUCAAUGCUAUUUUACGAAAUUUCAGUGGUAAAGACAAGUUCAAUCCACUCAAGUAUUUUCUCCCUGAUUUAGACCAUAAUCCUCAGAUAAACACACUGAAAAUGGUGAAACAAAACAUCACAGCGGAUUCCAUUGACGGAGAGUGUCGUUACCUGUUGCUCCUUACAAAGAACUACAUUGCCCUUCAGAUUGUACUGCAGCAUGUUUUUCAAGACUUGAAUGACAAGCCUGAGAUUAUAUUUGGGUCCAGCUUCCCAAAAGAUCAAGAAUAUACCCAGAUUUGUCAAAAUGUUAAUCGUGUGAAGAUCUGCAUGGAGAUGGGAAGAACUAUAAUACUGCUAAAUUUGAAGAAUUUGUAUGAAAGCCUCUAUGAUGCUUUAAACCAAUACUAUGUGAACCUCGGAGAAUACCAGUAUGUUGACCUGGGUUUAGGAACACAUCGCGUCAAGUGCAGAGUGCAUAGAAAGUUCCGACUAAUUGUAAUCGAAGACAAAGAUGUUGUCUACAAGCAGUUCCCUAUUCCUUUGAUCAAUAGACUUGAAAAACACAGCCUAGACAUGAGUACUGUACUUAACCUUCAGCAAAAGAGUAUUGCCAAACAGCUGGAAGCGUGGAUUGAGGAGUUUGUGUCAAUAAAACAGAAUUGUGUCGGAACAUGUGGCAAAUUAAAUCUUUCAGAGGUGAUCAUUGGGUUCCAUGCUGAUGCGUGUGCAAGUGUCCUGCUGCAAGUUCUCAACACUGCACACCUGUCAAAUGAAGGUACUUAUGAGGAUCAGCAAAUCAUAUUAAAAUCAGCAAAAUGUCUCCUUCUCAACUGUGUGACCCCAGAUGCCGUGGUUCGUCUGAAACAUUCAAAGCUUGGGGAUCAUGAAGUCAAAGAGCAGUGGAAAGAAUAUUUUGUUGAGCAACACCAUAGAUCUUUAAGUGAUUACAUUCACCAACAUCUUACUGACAAGAAGGCACAACGGCAUGGUUUUGUUGAGGUAACAACAUUUUCAAGGCUGCUGACCAGAUCAGACAUUAACCUACUGGACAAAGAGCUUGGCGACAUUGUGGGCAAAUUUGUUCUUCUGUUCCUGCACCAGUUCGACACAGAAUAUUCCUUCUGCAAAAAAAUAAGAGAGGCACUUCAAGGAUUGAACACACAAGCUUGUGUGGUGCUGAUACAGAUGGACACUGAAGAGUCCUCUCAGAGUGCUGAGCUGAUAGCUUCUGCAAAGUACUGCACAAUGAAUGAGAUGAAUUUGAUGAAUAUCACAUUGUCCACCUGCUAUGUUUACUUUAUCAUAAAGCUCUCGAGGCUUGCUGAUAGAUCAAGUUACGUUGGAUUUCAAGGAGGUCAGUGGCUGUCUGUCCACAUAGAUGAUGUGACUGAAUCGGAAGAGAUGGGUUCAGAUAUCUCAGCUUUCUACGACGUUACUGUCAGUGAACUGUUUGCCAAGUCUUUGGGUAAACAAGAAAAUGACACUGUUCCAGAAGAUGCAGAAGAUGAACAAGAAGUCAAAAUGCAUAUGCAGGGAAGAUCAAACAUCCUCAAUACAACAUUGCUGCUGCAAAGCUGUAUUCAGAGUGCAGUAAGCACCUUACGUGAUGGUAAAAAGGAAUGCAGUCGAAACACAGAGCGCGUCCAGAUCCUUCUGGAUCUCCUGAGAGAAGAAAGUGAAUGUGUGGUGGGCUUUUUAAGAACGGCCACAGAACGACUCAUGUUGCAGCUGCAAGAACGGGAAGAGAUGUCACCGUAUCCAAAGGAAUGGAUGUGUCAUGAGGCCUUGAAGAUCAGGGCUUUGCAGGAAGGGGGUACCUUCAGACACACAAUAUGGAAGUGCAUUCAGAACAUGGUUUCUCCAAAUCUGGCGCAGUUGGUCUCCAUCCUGGACAGGGACUAUAACCUGAAUCUUUUGGUGGAUCCUAAUGUAGACAAAGAGAUUAAAUGUCUCUGGAUGAAAAUCUUCAACGAUGUGCAGAUACUAAGAGUUUCUCACCAGCCAGGAAGUUUCGGAUCAAAUGCAAGCGAGAUAACAGUUGAUCACAAAGUGAGCAAAGGAAGACUGGAUGUUCCCUGUGCCACUCCUUUCAGUUGGCUGAUCAAGGAGUAUAUUGACCAGCUCUGGACUGAAUUCCAUUACUUGGAAGGUGCAGCCAACCAAGACAAGACAAAAAUGCUGAAAUUUGUUGAGAGUUUUAACAACAGCAAGCUUGGGGAGUAUUUGGCAAUUCAAAGUGAGGAAGGAAAACAUGACCUUAGUCAGCGGUAUCUGACUGAUUUUAUUCUGAUGACUAUUGAUCUCUGCUCACCUGCUGAAGUUGAGAUCUUCAAGAUGACAUUUAAAUCCUGCCUCAAUGAACUUCACAAUGAUUGUGGACAGAACCUUCUAGAACAUUCACCUGUCUGGAUACAUAUUGCCUAUAAUGUUUUCAAGAAUAGACUACAAAAUUUAUCCAAAACCUUUGCACUCUGCCCAGAAGUCUUGAAAUAUUUUUGUCAAAGCAGACCUGGAACAUUAGAUUCUAACCCACUGGAAAUGACGUUUGACCUGCUCGCUGCAUUGGUCUGUGCUGAAAUGGCCCAAGCUUUAGAUAUCAAGACAAUCGAAGACUGCAUGAAACUAAUAGAAGUAAUGGACAGUGUACAGCCAGCAGUUGAACUGGUUUUUGACAAGAACUACCUCAAACCAUGCAGAUCAACUUGGAAGCAAAUAGUUGCUCAGAUAAGAACAAACUGGGACCGCGCACUUGUGUUGUGCGUGUUUAUCGAACAUGUUGUGUUGACCGCAAGUGACAUUGACCCCAGGUUACAGGAGAUUGCUGUAAAUCAUUGUUCACAACUUCAGAAGAUCCUCAGGACAUCCUCUGAUUUGAAGAAGUAUAAGACAGUUGAAGGAAUGAUUGAAGUCCUGCAGUCAUGUAAUGAGGUGUCCAGUAAACUGGACUACAGAUUUGGCAUCAAAGAAUGUCCGGUCUGUCUUGGUGUGCUGAAAGAUCCAGCCUGCCUACCCUGUGGCCAUAGCUUUUGUAUUGAAUGUCUGGAGUGCUCACUUACAGUUCAAGCAUUUUGCCCGAAGUGUCGGGAAGAUGUGCCUGGUUCCCAUAAAGUCCAAGUCUCCAUUCAGCUGAAGAUGGCUUUAAAAAAGCACAAUGACUUCCGUCAGCGGUGCAAUAUGUUUUUCAUGGAGGUCGUUUCCAGAUUUUGCUUCAGUGAAGACUCUCCUCCAUGUGAUGAAGUGAUUGAGUUGUUGCUGUCAUUACUAAUUGCAGUCAGGGAGGCACCUGGAGGCCACCUCUACAUGACUCGAACUUUAACCCCGUUCUCUGAGUGCGUGGACAUCAAUCCUGUGAUACGUUCUGUUUUACUGAAGCUUUUAAUGCAUUACAGUUUUGAUAAGGUGAAAGACUUCCUGCAGACAUACCUCUCAAACCUGGAGGAGAAGAUAUUCUCAAAAGAUCACCUGAAGGAAGUCUACCUUCUGUUCAUCAGAUGCUUUGAGGACUCAGUGUAUGCCCACUUUGAGCAUCAUGGAGGACUUGACAGUGGCAAACUCCUCAAACAGAAUUGUGGCUUUGCCAGUCGGUUUGCUCGGCAGCAAGUUGCCACUUGUGAAGAAAAUGCCAUUGAAUACUUGCAGAACGUUGCCAGGCUACGCUUCUGCUUCAGCCUUACAGCUCAGCUGAUGUAUGAAUCGUGCAACAGGAAAGACAUAAUGCACAAGGCCACAAAGGAAGAUUUCUUCCAACAUAUGAAAAUGAUUUGUUUGCAUUCCAACAAUGACUGGUACCGAGUUUAUUUGAUGAGGGAAGUGUAUGAUCAGUAUGGAAUGGAUUUUGUUCAAUCUUUAUCACAGCUUCAAGAGUAUCACUGGUCAUUUCCAGACCAGAUUAUUGAAAAACAGCAUUCUCGUGGGGUACAACUGGAUCGCUAUAUACUGUGCGGGCAGUCAUACAAAGCCAUCCGUGAUGCAACCACUGAGGCAGUUGCAAGAUGCCAAAUGAAUAUUGUCACAGACAAGAUAAAGGGUCUGAAAUGCUCUUCAAGUCAUCAUCGGGUUUACCUGGCCUUGGCAUUAUUUCGUGAAGUAACGUGUUCGUUUGCAGUGGAAGAUCUCAGCCUGCACUGUAAACCAACGACAAUCAGCAUGCUACAGAAAUUUAUUGCGGAUGGUACGAUUCUAGAGGCUCCAGAACUGAAGGAUUUCUGCAUUGCUUUGGUGAAGAAUGAACUUGGAAGCCCAGAAUCUUCGUUGAGGAUCACACCAGAUCAGUCGAACCACCGACGCAUCCUGAUUGAGAUAAUAGUUCACACAGCCUUGGUUUUGCUCUGUGGGAGUAGUGUUCUGUCACUUCCGCUCCGCAGUCUCGCCUUCGAUCCUUCAAAGAUGCAGAACGCUUACUUACCCACCAUGCCUGAAGAUCUUAAGAAAGAAGCUAGAAGGUGGUUUCGUGAACAGCUGACGUGGUACAAUUGUAAAUGUGGUGAAGCAAUUCCAGUGGGUGAGUGUGGGAGACCCAUGGUGCUUGCUCGAUGUCCCAACUGCCAAGCACCGGUUGGUGGAAUGUAUCACACACCUACUGCUGGAUUUACAAGAUCAAUGAGUCCCCAAGGUCAAAUUGAGACUGGUCAUAUCUUGGGACGUGCCUCAUGGAGAGGUCAAGUUGUUGCCCCUGAUCGACAGAUGUCUCCUAUUGCUUUCCUGUUAAUGCGAAUUCUGACACAUGUAUCAAUGAUGCUUGGAACAGUUCAACAUCGUCAGAUGAUCGCACAAAUGGUUACACCAUUGGUGUCAAAUGUGUCGGAGUUCUUGUGGGACCACCUGGAAAAAGACAUGGACCAACUCGGAAAGUCACUGGGAAAGAACAUUGACGAUGUAGCCACCUGCAUUCAUCUGGUCAUCGAUCAACUGCUGAAUGAGCCUCAAGGACAAACAGCAAAGUGGACUGAAUCCCUAUCAUCAAAGGAAGCUAGAAAUGCCUGGGAGAGCCAGUUCAUCAAGACUAUUAUUUCUCCACUGUUAGAGAAUCUUGACAAAAAGUUGCCAGAAGUAGCCAAGCAGAUGAGUUCUGAUGACAGAAUCGGUGGGAGUCCAAUUGUUAAAAUGCUGUACGGGGACCCAUCGGAUUUGCUGACCUUUCCUCGUAACAUUCUGGAUUGUUCCUCUGCCUGGAAGUGUCAGCGCCGAACAUGUAUCGAGACCUUCACUCACGUUGUCGAGCAAAAAGGUGGGAAGAAACUGACACCAAUUCUGUGGCAAUUUCUUCAAAAGGAGCGUUAUAUCAAGAUGCUUAAGUAUUUGCCUGACCUUGUUGAGCUUCAGUAUGAGUUAAUCAGGAAACUCCAAUGCAGCUCAAAUGUGAAAUCGAAGACAAUUUCCCAAUUUCUUCAACAAUUUCCUUCAGGUCAACAAGGUCAUAAGCACAACUUUGAGAAACGGAUCGAGAUUUUCUUACAGCUGUGGAAUGAGCUGCGACUGUUGCUGGAAAAAAAUAACCCAGCGAUUCCAAAACAAGUGUGUCAGGAUUUGACUUUUGAGAGUCCCAUCGAAGUUCUGUUGCCCCAACAACAGGGUCUGGGGCUUUGUGCCACUGAGCUAACCAAGUUCCUCAUUGAGGUUCAAAAUAAUAUCAUUGAGGCUAUUAGUGAGCGUAAAAAACUGACCAUCAACCCAGAGGCACUAUUAGAUGCACAUUUAAUUCUCUGCGACCCUGACAAAGACUUCAUCCCACUCGUCCUGUCAAACUGCCAGUACACCCUGGAGAAAGGGCAGGAGACAUUACCAGAGUACGAUAUCAGAAACAUUGAGAAGCAGCUGAUACGACAGUACCUGAAAGGGAAACCUACAAUCGUUCAUUCGAAGAUUCCCAAAUUUGUGGCCAGGCGAGAAAGAAAUUAUUCAACCAUCUUUCAGGAGCUGAAGACAAAAAUACCUCAGGAAAUACUGUCACCUUCCCUCAGCACUGCAGUGACGGCAUCAUUUAAGUCCUAUAGUGACAUCUGUGAUGCUCUGGAUAUCAUUGAGAUUGUCGUUGGAUUCCUCGCGACCGCAGGAGGAGCCCAUGAUUACCAGCUUCUUACCUAUCUCAAAGAAACCCUACGGAUGGAUCGUCGAGUCUUAGCCUGUGUCAGCAAGGCAUUUGAAGCAUGCAAACUGAAACAUGCUGUUUCCCUUUGGCAACUUCUCUCAUCUUGGAAGUCUGAGGUCAUGCUGGGCACCAAAAAGGACCCAUUUGAGAGAAUCCCUGAGACUUACAAGGAGCGCUUGCUGCCUACUGAAGAGGCAGAGCUGAAGACAUUUUUUGCAACUACUGACGUGAAUGCAUUUCUGUGGGAGCUCCAUGAGAUCCUGAUGCUGAAGACUACGCAGAGCAAUGACGAGGAUAACUUCCAACCUAUUUGGGGUCUCAAUCAAACUCUUUCAAAUUACCUGGACACCAAAGGUGUUGACACCCUCCCAGGAUUGGAAGAAAAUCUUUCUGAUGGAAUAACUCUAGCCAAAGCAAUCCACACAUGGAUACUUGCAGUAGAUUUCAAGAAAGCCAUUUGACAGGGUCACUCUUGCAAAUAUGCAGCAUCGUUUCUGCACUGCUGUUUUAGUGAUGAUAAAAUUGGGUAAAUUUCUUUUACUGUGAGAUUGUUAUAAUAGUGCUCUUAUUCAAUAUUGCACUAAUUUCACAGGUGACUACUCGUAAGUGAAUUAUUUAACAAUAAGUAUGCUGUAGAAGGAGAAAAUUCAAUUUCUUGAAUGGGUUAUACAAUGGGAAAUAUUCGAUUACAAAAUGGUACAUUUAAAAUUGUACAAAGUGGUAGGCCAGUUAAAUAGAAUAACAGACUUGACAGCUUCACAAAUUACUGCAGUGAACACAUGCCACCAUUUGGUUCUCAGGUAACAUAGUUCUAUGCUGAAGUCUCAGAAGAUGUGACUGCAUUCAUUUCUGGGUCAAUUUGAGAAUAAAUUACUUCCCUGAAAGUAAACUACAGCUGCUGGAAAUCUGAAAUAGAAGAGCUGGCCCCGUUGGUGGAAGUCCUGCCUCACCUUAAUCCCGCCCAGACCUGUUGAUGCUGUCUAUUGCAGUUUGCACCUGUUCCUGAAGCUGAUCUACUUUCCCCCCUCCCACAUAAGAAAACUGCACAGCUCGGUUAGUUGGCCACAGUAAUUUGCCCCUAGUGUUGAGGUGAGUCGUUGGAUCUGGAGGGAGGAGAUGGGAAUGUGGGGCAGAAUAAAAUGGAAUUUCUGUAAAUGGGAGUUUGAUGGUCUGUGUGAAUUCUGUGGGCCAAGGGGCUUUACUUUCUGCACUGUUUGUGAAAAUGCUGGAAAGAUGCUGAUGAAA